ACUAAACAAAGGAACAAAAACAGCACAAAAUCUAAAACUAUACAGCGUCUACAUUAAAGUGUGUGACUGUUGUUUGGAUAUUUAUUUCCAAAGGGGUCCAUUGUGACAAAAAUACAGUUUAAUCAUAAGAUAGCUGUAAACGAAGGUUGAGAUAGUUGAACACUUUCCGGUGAAUAUUGUAAGUAGAUAACACUAAACUUGAUACCAUGGUAUCUGAUCUGUGUCUUAUCUCCUCUAUUUACUGCUUUAUUGGUGUGAGAAUAAAAUGAACUCAUUACAUAGGUUAAGACAAUUUCUGUGUGUAAGGAAGUAUCUAAACCAUCAAGGCCUUCGGAAGCGAUGCUUACACGCCUCUCGGUUCUCAAUACAAGUCCCCUGUUCCAAUGUGGCAGAACUAAUACUGAAAGAUUUCGGAAAGUUUUCCAACAGAACGGCCCUGAUUGACGGGCAAUCGGGUAAAACGAUCUCUUACAGCGAGUUGGAAUAUGACGUCAUCAGAUAUGCAGAAUUGUUCCGGAAGUCGGGUAUAAGAAAGGGCGAAGUUGUGUGCAUCUGUGGAACAAACACAGCGGAAUUCGCCCAAGUGUUUUUGGCUGCAACUGGCAUUGGUGCCGCUGUUACCAUAGCAAAUGGACAACUUACAUCACGGGAAUUAGCAGACCAGUUAGAGAUUUCAAAAGCGAAAUUUAUAUUCGCCACCGAGGACACAUUUAUCAAAUGUCAACAUGCACUUGCGUCGACCAGUCAUGGCAAGCACGUAUUUCAUAUUGGCAAGGGGGAAAUGUCAUCCCUGCUACCCAAUUCAAUCCCUGUCGACAGGUUCUCUUUCCUUGACGAUGAAGUCGGGGAUGAUGAUAUAGCUCUGGUGCCAUUUUCCAGUGGAACAACAGGCUUACCCAAAGGAGUAGAGCUCACACACGGCAAUCUGACUGCGCAGCUCAGUCAAAUAAGACACCGUACAGUUCUAGCGUUAGACUCCGGUGAUGACGUUGUGAUUACGAUGUUGCCUAUGGUACAUAUAGCGGGACUGAUGAUAGGGUUAUUGAAUCCACUGGCACAGGGCGUUACGGUCGUCAUCCUCCCGAAAUUCGUACCGGAGGAAUUCCUCCACUCUAUUCAGAAAUACAGGGGAACAUUCUCAUUACUUGCUCCACCAGUGGUCAACUUUCUGGCCAAUGACCCGAUGGUGGACAGGUACGAUCUGUCUAGUCUACGCGACCCAUACAGUGGAGCCUCAACUCUGGGCAAGGAACUGACGGAGAAAAUGGUAGAACGGUUGAAAUUAGACGGCAUCAGACAAGGAUAUGGGAUGUCGGAGACCAGUCCAGUUGUAAUGACGGAUCCACCAGGAAACAAACGAUAUGGAUCCAUUGGUCGACCAAUUCCCGCCACCACUGCAAAGCUAGUUGAUCCAAAUUCGGAAUUCGAUGUCAUGAAUUCGGGAGAACAUGGAGAAAUUUGGGUCAGAGGUCCACAGGUCAUGAAAGGCUACAUAGGGCAACCACAAUCAACACAGAGCGCCAUUACAGAGGAUGGCUGGUUUAAAACUGGUGAUGUUGGUUACUUUGACAAAGACGGAAAUUAUUUUGUUGUGGACAGGAUAAAGGAUAUCAUCAAAUACAAAGGAUAUCAGAUUGCCCCUGCUUAUCUGGAGAACAUAUUGAUGACCCACCCCUGCGUGAGAGAGGCGGCGGUCAUCGGCGAGCCUGCUGGAAUUUACGGGGAGGUUCCCAGGGCAUACGUCAUCCCUUCAUCUCCUGUGUCUAAGGAAACGCUCAUCAAUUACGUCAAUGAACAAGUGGCACCCUACAGACGAUUACGGGGAGGAUUGGUUUUUACGGAUGAGAUUCCCAAAUCACCCAGUGGAAAAAUUCUCAGACGAUUCAUACAAUCCAAACAAACAUGAAACCACAUAGUAGUGUCAUUAGUUUACUUUCACUUCACUGCCAACUUUCACUUUGUAACUCAUAAUUAAAUGUCUCCUCUUUCA